GCGGCUGGCUCCCUUCCUCCUCACUCACCUCCAUGCUGCGCUAAGGGGGCCCGCCCUGGUGCUGGCUGCUGCCGGUGGCUUUGGGCAGGCAUGAGUGCAGGGGCCAGAGGCCGAAGUUCUGCCCCCAGCCUGCUGGGCCUCCGUCCUCCUCCCCCGAGUCCUGCUUAGGUUAAUUAUAACUCUGACCUGAGUGCCCUGUGACGCCACGCCCUGCAGCCCUGCCUGGAGAACCAGCCACCAGGUCCAUGUCUCAGCCAUGCUCCCCACCGAUGUGCCCCCAUCCCACCUGGGCCCCUCAGCGCUACUGCUGCUGCAGCUGCUGCUGCCCCCCACAUCUGCCUUCUUCCCCAACAUCUGGAGCCUCCUGGCUGCCCCCAGCUCCAUCACCCACCAGGACCUGACCGAGGAGGCGGCUCUCAAUGUCACUCUGCAGCUCUUCCUGGAGCAGCCGCCCCCAAGUCGCCCCCCCCUUCAUCUUAAGGACUUCCUGGGCCGCACCCUCCUCGCCGAUGACCUCUUUGCCGCCUACUUUGGACCUGGGUCCCCUUCCCGGAGGUUCCGAGCAGCCUUAGGCGAGGUAUCUCGUGCCAAUGCAGCCCAGGACUUCCUGUCAACUUCCAAGAACGACCCUGACCAGCACUUUGAUGCCGAAAGGCUGGGCCAGGGGCGCACACGACUGGUGGAGGCUCUGCGGGAGACCGUGGUGGCCGCCAGAGCCCUUGACCACACCCUGGCCCGCCAGCGCCUGGGGGCUGCACUUCAUGCCUUGCAGGAUUUCUACAGUCACAGCAACUGGGUGGAACUGGGGAAGCAGCAGCCACACCCUCACCUCCUUUGGCCAAGGCAGAAGCUCGGGAACCUGGCACAAGUGGGAGAUCACACCUGCUUUGACUGUCACGAGUUGAGCUGUCCCGGAAAUUUGCUAGGCUCCACACUCCUCACCUCUGGCUACUUUGGAACUCAUCCCUCCAAGCCUCCAGGGAAAUGUAGCCAUGGGGGCCAUUUUGACCGGAGCAGCUCCCAGCCACCACGGGGAGGCAUCAACAAGGAUAGCACGUCCCCAGGCUUCUCCCCCCACCACAUGCUGCAUCUCCAGGCUGCAAAACUGGCCCUUCUGGCCUCCAUUCAGGCCUUUAGCCUCCUGAGAAGCCGCCUGGGAGACAGGGGUUUCUCUAGGCUGCUGGACAUCAGCCCAGCCUCCAGCCUGAGCUUCGUCCUGGACACCACAGGCAGUAUGGGUGAGGAGAUCAACGCUGCCAAAAUCCAGGCUCGCCGCAUUAUGGAGCAGCGACGGGGCAGCCCCAUGGAGCCCGCCCACUAUGUCCUGGUACCUUUCCAUGACCCAGGGUUUGGCCCUGUCUUUACAACCAGUGACCCCGACAACUUCUGGCAACAACUCAAUGAGAUCCAUGCCUUGGGGGGUGGAGAUGAGCCUGAGAUGUGCCUGUCAGCCCUGGAGCUGGCCCUGCUGCACACACCUCCACUCUCAGACAUCUUCGUCUUCACUGAUGCCUCCCCCAAGGAUGCCUUUCUCACCAACCGGGUGGAAUCCCUGACUCAGGAGCGGCGCUGCAGAGUAACAUUCCUGGUGACUGAAGACCCAUCGAGGGGUCAGGGCCGAGCUCGGCGUGAGGUCUUGUCCCCUCUGCGUUUUGACCCAUAUGAAGUGGUGGCCCUGGCCUCUGGAGGAGAGGUGAUCUUCACCAAAGAUCAGCACAUUCAGGAUGUGGCAGCUAUUGUUGCGGACAGCAUGGCUGACCUGGUGACCCUUCCCCUGGAACCUCCUGUUGUGGUCCCUGGGAGGCCACUUGUGUUCAGUGUGGAUGGACUGCUCCAGAGGGUCACAGUCCGGAUCCAUGGGGACGUCAGCAGCUUCUGGAUCAGGAACCCUGAAGGGGUCUCCCAGGGCCAGGAGGAAGGCCAGGGACCUCUAGGUUAUACUCGCCGCUUUGGGCAGUUCUGGAUUGUGACAAUGAAUGACCCUCCACAGACGGGGACCUGGGAGAUCAGGGUCACAGCCAAGGGUAACCCCAGGGUGAGAGUGCAAGCCCAGACCUCCCUGGAUUUCCUCUUCUUCUUUGGGGUCCCCCUAGAGGAUGGCCCCCACCCAGGCCUCUACCCCCUGACUCAUCCAGUUGCAGGUCUCCAGACCCAGCUGCUGGUAGAAGUGACAGGGCUGGGCUCCAGGGGCAACCCUGGACAUCCUCUGCCGCAUUUCUCCCACGUUGUUUUUCGAGGGGUCCCUGACGGUGCCGAGCUGGGCCGGGUGCCUUUGGAGCCAAAGGGACCCCGGGAGCGAGGCCUCCUCUCGGCCUCGCUACCGCCCACGCUUCUGUCUGCCGCUGGAUCCUUCUCUCUGGAGCUGAUUGGCCAGGACGGAGGGGGGCGGGAUCUGCACCGGGCGGCCCCCCAGGCCUGCGCGGUGGUCCCUGUCCUUCUGGAGCUCAGUGGCCCCCCGGGUAUCCUGGCGCCGGGCAGCAAGGCCCCGCUCAGCCUCCACAUCGCCAGCUUCUCUGGCCCUCAGGAUCUCGAUCUUACGACAUCUGUCAACUCCAGCUUCGCUCUCACUUCCAACCUCUCCAGGGUUCGCCUGGAACAGAAUGAGUCCGCCUGGGGGCGCCUGUGGCUGGAGGUCCCAGACGCAGCCGCCCCGGACUCCGUGGUGACGGUGACCGUGACUGCUACGGGUCGAGAAGCCAGCCCAGUAGCCCCGACCAAUGCCUUCCUCCAGCUCCUGGUGCUGGCCCCAGCCCCGCAGCUGAAGGACAGUGUCAAUAAACAUGUCCUUUCCGCAGAGGGAUUUCAAAGAAAGAUCAUUUGUGUACAUCAUAUAGGAGAGUGAGGGCGUAAGAUACCAAGAAGCUGAAAUGGAAGUUUUCAGGAGCAGAGAAGAAACUUUACAGCAGGAUGUCUUUGGACUUCAGUUGACACUCUUCCCCCCACCCCCAGCCAUUUAGCUGUUGAGUCAAGAAACAGAAUAAAGAAGCUGGUGGUUCUGACUCAGCCUCUUCUGUCACCAACUGAGGGGAAUGAGAGGUUUAGACACUGGUGGGGCCCCCUCCGACCCUUGGGGCAGCCCGGCUGAGCUAUCUCCCCUUUUGGAUGAAGGACUUCUUUCUGCCAUCUUGACAACUCCUGGAGAAGAGGAGAGAAACAGUUUGGGCACCUGUGCUGUGCUCUCCCUCCCCCCUCCAGUGUACCUGUUGCUGCUACAAGUUCUGCUUCCUUGGCCUUCCUUCCAGUCCUGGGUGGCGCAGGAACUAGCCUGUUCAAGGGACCAGGGAGACCAGGGGAGGAUACUCACUAUUCUCUGUGAAACCAGUGCUGACCCCAAGUCCCCUUUCUACCCCAACUUCCCAAAAGUCUGAAUUAAAAACAAUAAACUCACCUUCCCCUGAAUCAGAUUCUGCAAA